AUGGAAAAAUUCCCCAGUAAGACCGACGAUCAAGGCAACCCAGAAUCGGAAACCCCCGAUGGACCAACUGAUAGCCAUAUACUCUCUCAAGUCGACCAAGAUGAUAAAGGUCUAGUUCAAAAGGCCGGUGAGACCGCAGAGAUCACCAAUAUCGGCUGGGGGCACUCUCCCGACCAAAUUGAGGAGCCGCUAGUGGCCGGACUCUCCAAUGAAGAUCUUUGGAUGCUUAUUAGACGUUUCGACAAGGUAUACCUCAUAGCAUGGCUUCUAGAUCUUCUUGUCCCGACCAUACUGGCAACUUUGCUUGCCUUGGUGGUAUAUCCACCCUGCCGACCACUCAUGUUCCCUCCUGCGCCAAUUGCCCUUGUCGAUAAAGACACAGGUGGCGUUCAAAAGCCCAAGGCAGGCAUCCUGGGCUCCCACGACAGUAUUACUGGAGCACCAGAGAAACACAAGGGCAUGGCAGCAGAGCAAGAAGCAAGUAAUUUAGUCGCCAGUGUUGCCAGCGUUGCAGUAGGCAGCGCAGUCGGGAAGCACGACCAAGAUGUUCCCGACGACGCGCCACUCGAGGAUGACCUCCCGGAUGCAAUGGAGAUCGUCGCCAACACUGCCGAUGCACAAAGUGCUGCUCAUGGAAAGGUUCCUGCAGAUUCUCAUGAUAAGACACGCCAACCUAUGAGGCAAAGCGUCAUGGAUGCUGCCAACUUGGCAAUGCAGGUCGUCAACGAUAUAACAGAUACUUACGAAAAGAUGGGAAAUGCACUCUCUGCAACAGCGCCCUUCCCGCGCUUGAGUCCCCGUCUGCGCUUGGCGGCGGUUUUAUGUCCAGCUUGUCUGGCUUCGAUGGUGACAUCCAGUUAUGUAUUGAUGAAGUCAACCACAUUCAUAGUCGGCUUUGCCUUCUUCGGGGAUCCUGUCAUCCGGCGUGGAGUCAAGUAUCUCAACCGACGGUUCCCGAAGUGGCAAAAGGUCAUCGAGCUGCAGAAUUCUCUCCUCAAAGGCAUUCCAACAAAUGCACAGCUGACAGUUACAUUGCUCCGCAUUGGCGAAGCCAAUGCAUCACCACUACCCCCACCCCCGAAUUCGCAGGAAAAGCCGCCCUCCCGACCAGCCUCAUUACACCACGAGGAGCUCACCCUGGGUGCCACCGGCGAGGAAAUCCAGGAAGCUGCACUGGAAAAGCCAGACGUCGACCACCAUCCCGAGACUGAGCAAACGCAGGAGAAGCCUCACAAACGGACACUGGCAUCAGGGAUCCUAGGAUUUUUCCGCGGAACCACAGCCAGCGGCGUCGAAAGCAAACGCGGCAUCGAUCGACUGCGAGCAACAGUCGGUUCCCGCCAUGCCAAAAACCGGGUUGGCGUGCUCCGGCACAAAGGGAAGAUGAUCACACCCAUUGGCCCUGUCUCAUUCGAUGCCAGAUACAAAGGGAAACACGGUACAGUGAUCAUUGACUCGACAAAAGAGCCUGCACUACUUUAUUUCACGACCGAGACUCCAUUUGUUAACGUCGAGGUGGAGAAUCGGAAAGCUGGCUCGGUAUUGUUUACCAUGCCAGUCAAUGAGAUUCAGGAAAUGAGGAAGCUGGGCGGUAUGGGAUGGAAAGGCAAGCUUGUUGUUGGCUGGGCUCUUGGUAGCAAAGAAGUUGUUGAUGGAUUGCUUAUCACCGGUACUAAAGCUGGGCAGAAAUAUCAACUUACUGCUAUGGGUACUCGGAACCAGUUGUUUAAUCGGCUUGUUGCGAUUGAUGGACAGGUUUGGGCGACUUGCUGA